AGUCGCGGGUUGGUCGGCCGCCGCGGCGCACCUCCGACCGCCCCCCUGGCGCCGACGUCGGUAGCGCCGCAGCCGGUCGUCUGUAUCGUCAGCAGCCAUGGUGCCACGCGGAGUGGUGCUGGUGCUCUUUCUGCUCUGCCUCUGGUGCCUGGCCCGGGGCAACAGCGCCGUCUACAGCAAAGCGUUGACACAAGACCUGCAGCGGCAUGUCAGCAACGACGAGUUUUUCGUCGUGCUCACCAAGAUCAGGCCGAAGCGGUUCGCCAGGACCCACCCGCAGACGCUGGUGGAGCUGGACGUCACCGGAAGCAGGAACAAGAUGUCCAUCAUCAUCGACAGGAAGAUGCACAAAGUGAUCCUCCAGACCAUGGAGCUGGGUCGGAUCCGCACCCAGCACUGGUCGGUGGACACGGUGCGACUGCACAACGUGAUCCACUCGAUGGUGCUGCGGGUGAACCAGGAGCAGCCGUCGGCGCGCGUGCAGCUCUACGUCAACUGCCACGACCAGGGGGCCAUCCACACGCCGGUCACACUGCGCGAGAUGGUCGCCCAGCCGGAGUCGGGCGCCGCCGCGCUCACCGUUAUGCGCGAGCGGCGGAUGGGUGCCAAAGUGCUGGCCGGCACCUCCAUCAGCAGUAUCCUGCACAAGCACGGCUGUGCCGGCUACGUGCUGCAGUCGACGCAGGCCAGACCGGCGGCCGCCCAGCGGCUACGAGACCCCUCCGUCCGCGGUGACGACUCGGGCGCCGCCGGCGGCGACAGGGUGCGCCCGCGGCGCCGCUCGGUGCCCUACUGCGCCCCGUCCGGCUACAUGUGCCCCCAAUUCUCCCAGCCCCUGAACCUGGUGGACAGAGGUGACCAGCCGCUGAACGACUACAGCGACCGCGACGCGCAGCUCAUCAAAACUCUGGGUGCCCUGAUCGAGUCGAUCAAGGAGCUGCGAACAGAGAUGAGCGCGCAGCGCGCAGAGACGGUGCGCAUCCGGCAGGCGAUCGAGAACUGCGACGCCUGUCGACCAG